AUGGAUCGGGUCGUGAUGCUCCCUACACAGGAGCACGUUUCCGAAGCCGUGGAAUUCUUUCGGAAACAUUCUUCUACAGCAAACAAGCUCAGUCCAACCUAUCACGCGCAGUUCCUAUCUAGAUUCAGCGUGGCUCUGUUCCACAAGUGCAUGUUUGUUUCUGACGAGCCUGCCAUCAUGGAGGAAGCUCUGAAGCUUGGUUAUCGGUCCAUCGACAUCAUUCCGACUGAAGCUGCAACCAUGGAAUACACAAAUUGUGCCGGGAUUCUUCAGCAACGCUUCCAACAAACCCUUCAGUUCAGUGUACUUGAGCACGCUCUUCAGAUCUCCCGGUUAGCUGUGAAACAUGAAGCGUCGAAGGACGUUGCGGAGAAGGCUGUGAAGCCUGACGGCUCUUGGCAACAUGCUGGUAACAAAUGUCAAAGAGACAUUGAAACCAAAUCUCGGGAAGUGUUGCAAGCCUUGGAGGAGGCAAUCCAGCUGGGUCGAGAGGCCGUCCGCACUCUGCAGCCAAUAGACCCAAGUUCCAAUGCACUUCUCAGACACGAAAAGUCCCAUACGCUCACUUUGAUUGCACCAUGGUUCGCCCUCAAAUCGCGUGUAACCGGAGAUCUUCGGUGUGGCGAGGAAGGUGUUCGGCUUCUUCAACAGGCCCUGACACUGACCUCGGAUGGGCAUCCAGCACGUCACCGAAUUCUUACCUACUUGGCUCACAUCCUCGCAACUAAACACCAGAUCUUGAAAGGCUGUAAGAAUAAACGGCAGGCAAUGGAAAAGCUGGGCGAAGCCUUGAGAUACGGCCGAGAGGCCGCUGAAGCAACACCGGAACUGGACCCAGCCCGAGGCGAGCGUUAUAUGAAUGUUGGCAAGAUGCUUCUGAGCAAAUGGCUCUUGAAUGGAGACGACCAACCCGAAGAAGAUGAAAUGCUCGUGCUGGAGGCAAGGAAGCACUUUUGCUAUGUGGCCAACCUAGCCUCGGUGCCACUUCUGUUGCGUUUGCCUGCGACAAUUCAAGGGGCUCGACUACAUCUGGAGAAGGGUGAAGUAACCGAAGCACACCAGCUCUUGCAGACCGGAAUCUCCCUCUUGCCGACCCUUCACCCGCAAAUUCUCUCUGCCGAAGACCUCAGGGCUACAUUGUCUCAAGUAUCCGGCCUCUCUACAUUGGCCGCCUCAGUCACCCUAGAAGCCGACAAAAGCCCCUUCGACGCCUUGAUGUUUUUGGAGGCCGGCCGUUGCAUCAUUUCUGGGCUUUCCAUGAGUCUCAAGACAGACAUGAUUCAGCUUCAGCAGAGAGACAAGGGGCUUGCUGAUAGCUACGAGAAUCUGAGAAAGAGGCUGGUUGCAGUCAGUCGACCUUCCCCCAGCGCAUUGACCAGACCGCGACCUGUCGAAACGCAGCAGGAAGAGCUGCUCCAACAACUUUCACAAAUGGAGGGAGAGAUACGAAAGUUGAAGGGGUUUGAAACCUUCCAGUUGCCCCUAUCUGAAGAGAUGGUUAAAGAGCUGGCUCAAGAGGGGCCCAUUGUGGUUAUCAAUGUCACAUACCGACGAAGCGACGCCAUCAUCAUCACUCUUGAUGAGAUCAAGUCUGUGCAACUCAAACAUCUCAAAUAUGAAGAACUGGACAAGAAGGUUGUUGUCUUUGAGAAGCUUGGAAACGGAUCAAGACGCAACGUCGUAGUUGCAGAUGAGUGCGAAGAUGAGCCAGGAGACGAGGGUAGUGAAGCACUGUAUUGGCUUUGGAAUGUCGCAGCACGACCAAUUCUGGAUGAGUUGAGGGCUCAUCUGGGGGAUUCGAAGCGAGUUUGGUGGAUUACCAGCGGACUGGCUGGGAGAGCGCCUCUCCACGCAGCCGGAAGCCAUGGCUUUAACUCCACUGAAAACACACUUAGCCAUGUCAUCUCAUCCUACAUCUCAUCACUCAAAGCUCUCCGAUACGCGAGGCAGGCUGCCACAUCUGUCAACGCACAGCCUAAGAGGAGCAUGCUUCUGGUGACAAUGCAAAAGAACCCUCCGCCGCAUUGCAAACUGGAUACGAGGCACGAAGAGAAUGUGAUUCGAAUCGUUUUUGGACAGGAAAUGCUACAUCUCGAGCAUCCAGAUCCCGAGCUCGUCCUCAAGGAAAUUCCCACCUGCUCUUUUGUCCACUUUGCCUGUCACGGGGCCUCCUUUAGUUCCGACCCGUCGAGAAGCGGACUUCUUCUGAUCAAGGACGGGAAGGCCGCGAUGCUCACCGUGGCUCAACUUGAAGAGGUUGAUACAGAGCAGGCGGCGGUAGCCUAUCUGUCUGCAUGCUCGACAGCGCAGCAAACAGAAGGCAAGCUGGCCGAUGAGGCGAUCCACCUCGGAAACACAUUCCAAGCUUUGGGCUUUCAGCAUGUAAUUGGGACAAUGUGGGGUGCUAAUGACAAGGCGGCUGGGGAUGUGGCAAAGAGAUUUUAUGCCAAACUAACCUCGGCGGGUGAUAUUGGUGUGGCACAGGCGUUGCAUCAGAGCAUGUUGGAGUAUCGCAGCGCCACCACGGGCGAUGAGAGACAUUUGUUGGCUUGGUGUCCAUUCAUUCAUAUCGGGGCCUAG